ACACAAAAAUUAUGAACCUGUUGGAUAAAGGUCUUGAGAAUGAGAAUGAAGAGCAGUUGUUGCAAUGUAAAUAUAUGUAUUGGUCAAAGGAGGAAAAAAAAUUUGUGAUGCAGCAGUUACAUGACAUUUUGAAUGACGGGUAUCAACAGUUGGACAGAUAUAUCAAGACUAUUACAAAAGGGAUGGUGAAAAGUUAUACCGAUUCAGGUAUUCUAGAUUCAAGAAUCAUAGUUGAAAAAGGAUCCUCUAAAUUAAGAG